CUUCCCCCCCCCUCCACUGGAUACACUGGGGAAAUCCAAUCGGCAUGGCAAUUUCAGAUCUACUCAACCGGCGCAUGCAAGCGCGGCCGGACGAUGACGAAGAGGUUUAUUCCGAAGGCUCAGGCAGCGAAAACAGCGCCAAUGGAUCAGACUCAGACGACUCCGACAACUCCGACAAUGCACCCUCAGCAUCAGACAUGGAGUCAGAUCUAGGCGAAGAAGACGAGGAAUCCGACGAUGCCUCCGAAGGCGACUCCUCCCCCCCCAAAGAAGCAGACGAUUUCCAGUCCUCCCUCAACAGCAUCUCAUUCGGCGCCCUAGCCAAAGCCCAAGCCUCCCUGGGCCCCAAAAGCAAACGCACCAAGCAGACCGCAGAAGCAGGUAAAAGUGAAGACUCCCCGCUAGACGACAUCCGGGCGCGCAUCCGCGAAGCGCGCGAGCAGAAACGCACCGCUUCAUCGUCCUCGUCAUCAAAAGGCAAAUAUGACUCGGAGAAGAAGCAGCUCUCCCGCUCCUCGAAACACGCCCCCGCAGUGCAGACCUCCAAGCGCGCCGUCUCCCGCAAGCGCACCGUCGUCGAGCCGCCCGCUAUCCAAAAAUCGCGCGACCCGCGCUUUGACCCCACCGUUCUCAGCCAGGGCGGCGGGCAGCAUAACCCCGAGGCUGCGCUCAAGGCGUACGCAUUCCUAGACGAGUACCGCUCUGCGGAGCUGAAGGAGAUGAAGGAGAAGCUCCGGCGGACGAAGAAUCCGGCGGAGAAGGAGGCCCUGCAGCGGAGUAUUCGGUCCGCGGCGGAUCGGGAGCGUGCGAUUGCGAAUCGCCGACGCGAGAAGGAUGUGGUUGCUGAGCAUAAGAAGCGCGAGAAGCAGCUUAUCCGUGAGGGCAAGAAGAGUAACCCUUACUUCUUGAAGAAUUCGGAGAUGAAGAAGCAGGUCUUGCUUAAGAAGUAUGAUAACAUGAACUCGAAGGAGAGGACGAAGGCGUUGGAGCGCAGACGCAAGAAGGUCGCCUCUAAGGAGAGGAAGCAGAUGCCGAUGGAUCGGAGGGGGUUGGAUGAUGGUGGUGCUGAGGAGCCUAGGAAACGGCGACGUAUGGAUUAGUUUGAGCCUGUGUUGUCUUUUGAACGCUAUUGCUUUUAUUUACCAUUGAGGUAUCGCUUUUAUUUACCCUUAAGAUAUCU